CCAUAUAACAAACGUGUGUCUGAUACUCCUGUUAAAUAAUUAUUUGAAAUAAAGCCCAGUAGUGUCAAAAAUGGUAUUUAAUGCUAUAGAGAGUCCUGUAAAUAAAACAAAACAAAACGAUAGAUAUGUUGAAACCCAUUUGUUUUUUUUUUCCUCUCUCCUCAACACUGUUCUUGGGCUCACAAGCUAAAUAUGAGGAAAGAAAUAAUCAGACAGACCUAGGCAAAUGUACUUCUCCUCUCUUCAGUCUUUCAGCCAAGAUCAUACAACCUAUCUAAAGAAUGAAAAGCUGGAUUAUACUGCUGGCUAUUGCAGUCAGCACAGAAGCACAAAAGCAGGACAUCUGUACCCAAGCAUAUCCUGGCAUUCCUGGCAAUCCUGGACACAAUGGCAUACCUGGUCGCGAUGGACGUGAUGGCUCAAAGGGCGACAAGGGGGAUACAGGUGAAGCGGGACUUCCUGGCACUCCAGGGAAAGAUGGCGCAAAUGGAGAAAAAGGCCAAAAAGGAGCCAAUGGGACUGUUGAAGAGAAGGGGAACAAAGGAGAUAAAGGAGAAAGAGGACGACCUGGGAAACUAGGACCAAAAGGAAUUAUGGGGUCAGUGGGUUACAAAGGUCAGAAGGGAGAGCUGGGACUGCAAGGACAAAAGGGGUUAAAAGGAGACAUUGGGCCCAUAGGUCCAAAAGGGACAAAAGGCGAAAUUGGCCAUCCUGGAAUAAUUGGUUUGCCAGGGCCAGUUGGCCCCACUGGUAAUCCAGGUCCCAAAGGUAAUACUGGAGAUCUGGGGCCACCGGGUAGCCCAGGAAUUCAGGGGGAAAGAGGCUUGAAAGGAGACAGAGGAGACAAGGGGAACACAGGUGCCCCAGCAGUUCUGCCAAGGAGCGCUUUCAGUGUAGGCCUUACAGCUGCCACCAAGUUUCCUCCCCACAGUCACCCGAUCAAGUUUGACAAGGUGUUUUAUAACGGCCUAAGUGACUAUAACCCGGUUACUGGCAAAUUCACCUGCAAAUUCUCUGGUGUUUACUAUUUCACCUACCAUAUCACUGUCUACUCGAGGAAUGUCCGAGUAGCUCUAGUCAAAAAUGGGAUCAAGAUGUUGCACACCAUGGAUGGGUACCAGGGUGCUGAGGACCAGGCAUCGGGAGCCACCAUUCUUCAACUACGGGCAGGAGAUGAGGUGUGGCUGCAGGCUCACCGAGGAGAGACCUUCAACGGGCUGUUUGCAGACGCUGAUGAUGAUACCACCUUCACUGGCUUCCUCCUGUUCAGUACCUCUGGGACUCUGGAUCCUACAGCAUAAAUCCACACUCUGUUAAUCUAUGACUUGAGUGAAUUGUCUGAUUCCUGCUCAUCCAAUUCUCACUGUUCAAAGCAGGGGAGG